AUGGCUACGCUUCUUCCUUCUUCCCUCACAAACCCAAAUAAACUCUUCCACAAUGUAUCACUUUCCACUUCACCCUCUUCUCUAACAACCACUUCAGUUUCUCUUUACCCUAAAACGCGACGUUUUGGUCGUCGUUUUGGGUCCGUUAGAUGCUGUUUAGCUUAUGUCGAUAACGCUAAGAUUAAGGUCGUGGGAAUUGGGGGUGGUGGUAACAAUGCCGUUAACCGCAUGAUUGGUAGUGGUUUGCAGGGUGUAGAUUUCUAUGCGAUAAAUACGGAUGCUCAAGCGCUACUGCAUUCUGCAGCCGAGAAUCCUAUUAAAAUUGGAGAGCUUCUGACUCGAGGAUUAGGUACUGGUGGGAAUCCGCUUUUGGGGGAACAAGCUGCGGAGGAAUCGAAAGAGGCUAUUGCUAAUGCCCUUAAAGGAUCGGAUUUGGUGUUUAUAACAGCUGGGAUGGGUGGGGGUACAGGGUCCGGCGCUGCACCUGUUGUGGCUCAAAUAUCAAAAGAGGCAGGUUACUUGACCGUCGGUGUUGUUACCUAUCCUUUCAGUUUUGAAGGAAGGAAAAGAUCCUUGCAGGCACUUGAAGCCAUUGAAAAGCUUCAGAAAAAUGUUGAUACCCUUAUUGUAAUUCCAAAUGACCGUCUGCUUGACAUAGCCGACGAGCAGAUGCCUCUCCAGGAUGCUUUUCGUCUAGCGGAUGAUGUUUUACGCCAAGGAGUUCAGGGAAUUUCAGACAUUAUAACAAUACCUGGACUUGUAAAUGUGGAUUUUGCUGAUGUAAAAGCCGUGAUGAAAGACUCUGGUACUGCAAUGCUCGGAGUAGGUGUUUCAUCCGGUAAAAACCGAGCAGAAGAAGCAGCUGAACAGGCUACUUUGGCUCCUUUAAUUGGAUCAUCUAUUCAAUCAGCCACAGGAGUAGUGUAUAACAUUACUGGAGGAAAGGACAUCACCCUGCAGGAAGUCAACAGGGUAUCUCAGGUUGUGACUAGUUUGGCCGAUCCUUCUGCCAAUAUUAUAUUUGGAGCUGUUGUAGAUGAUCGUUACACCGGAGAGAUUCACGUGACUAUCAUCGCCACUGGCUUUUCGCAAUCUUUUCAGAAGAAGCUGCUAACAGAUCCAAGGGCUGCAAAGCUUCUUGACAAAGUGGCCGAGGGAAAAGAAAGCAAGACAGUGCCUCCUCCCCUCAAGUCCUCAAACUUAUCUUCCAAAGUUGAAUCUAGAGCACCACCCCCACGAAAGCUCUUUUUUUAG